CCUAAGGCUGCUAUUUGCCGUCGUCGCCUAUCCGCCUUCUAUAGUCUACAUAAAAGAAAUGACUGUAUUUCGUGCACACAUCCCGCCGCCAGUGUUCAUUUUUCCCACGGCCAACAAAACCAGUCAAGCAGGAGAAGGUUGCAGCGAGCGCAGUCAGUGAGUGUACCGCUCGGCCGGCGCUGCACUAGCUAGUUGCCGGCCGAUCAAUGGAGGUAUGCCGUGAUGUCGCAUCUGCCCUAGCCAAGCUCCACCAAGUGAUCAGUGACGACAAGAAGCUGGAGACGAAGAUGAGAACUGGCCUCCGAGGAAUCUUACUCGAUAUGGUCCAUUUGAAUGCCUAUAUCGAGGAGAACUCCAAGGGGAGAGAGCAAGGGCCUGCACAUGAGGCUUGGAUCCUGCAGCUUCAAGACUUGGCGUACGACAUCGAAGAUUUCGUUGAUUCCCUCUACCGGAAGCCGAAAGAGAAGUUCCCUCUCCGGGCUGUGCGGAUGAUCACAGCAACUGAUCCCCGACCUGAGUACGGCGAUGAAAUCACAGCCUUCCAGGAGCGCACGGCGAGGCUGGAGGCGAACAAGCCGAGCUUCCCCGCAUGUACCGGCCAGAGUGGCGCAGCUGCUCAAGCUGCGUCUGUGCUCACUGCUGGUCCAUCCAUGUCCCCAAACGGAGGCACCCACACUCCUUCGACUUCAAGGUUGCUGUCCAGCGACCACGGCGCAUCUCCUCUUGUGGGCAUCGACCGUUUCAAGCAAGAUCUCGUAGAUCUGCUGAAGCAAGUCGAAGGUGAGCCCAGAGAGCUGAGGGUGAUCUCCAUCCUGGGGGUUCGCGGCGUCGGGAAGACUGCCCUCGCAAGGGCAAUCUACCAAGCCUGUGGCACUUUCGGCGACCAGGAGCCGUUCGACUGUCAUGCUAUGGUCAUGGUACGGCCUGACGACAAUGAGGCUUCCGGGAGCAAUGGCGCAGCGGAGCUCUUGAGGGAGAUCCUGAUACAAGUUGGCAACGUUGCAGGCCAGAUCUCCAAUACUUCUGCUGCCGAGUUGGAAAAUAUUCUGCGGAAAGACCUUGAGCACAAGAGGCCACCGCGGCGGUGAGGAAGAGGCCUUGACGGCGCCCGUCUUUGUCUCCGUCGACGUCCGCAGGUGCCACUGUCGUCAUCCCCAUUGGCUACUUCCGAGCGGCGUGCAAGUGGCCACACGGGAGGAGGUCGGGCUCAACAACGGCGCGAGAGGAGGCGGGGCUCGACGAGGGCGCGGGGAGGAGGUCUGGCC